UACUUGUCAAUGUCAAAAAUAAUAACAUAACCUCAAAGUCAACGCAAUUUGUUUUUAAUUAAUGAGUCGAAAGAAAAUUUUGAAAAUCUAUACGUGAUAACAUGAACCAUGUUUAUAAAGUACCUGUGAUACCUCAAAACUUGGGUAAGCAGGAAACAAUCAUUCAGGUAGCAGAAGUAUUAAAUCAUUUAAAUAAUGUGACUGAUGAUAUUUUGAAACAUAUAAGUAAUAAAGUCGAAUCUAAUAGUAAGAAACUCUCAGACAUAUCCGACAGGGUAGACAAAGUGAACAAAAAAAUCAGUAAGCUAAAUGGAGCUAAGAAAGCAACUCAAGUAUUUUCGAGCUGUAAAUAUCCAGCUUCGGACAUCAACCAACAGUAUAUUUCCAUAUUCAGCGACGUAAAACCACCCGAAUUAAUAAGACAUAAAGUGAAACAGAAAAAGGUUACGUUUAGCGAAGAGCCUCUGGACAAACUGUACGUAUAUCACGUGAAAGUGAAAAAGAACGAUAGUAAAGAAGUCGCCACUGGUUUGGGAGACAUUCCUAGAGAUAUCGACUGCGUAAACGAUCUCCUCUUAUACAAUUCCGGCAAAAACCUCUACAAAAACUUCGUCAUUUCAGACGCUUUAGAAAUAUCUCAACACAUCAAAGAACAAGAGCGCAAUGAAAACUCGGGCAUUGGUGCAGCCCCACACUCUAUUAGCGAACGAUCGACGUUAACGCGUUCCUCCACACAAAACUAUUUUUAUACUCCAAAUUUAGGGGAAGUACCUGCCUUGGAUGUCCCCUUAGACUUGCCAGACUUGCCCAACAUCGCUGACGAUUUGCGCUACGACACCGAAUUAGGUCCAGGAAUCGCCCCCUCGGUCACCACUACCCCAAACAUUCCUGAUCUACCCACUAUCGAACACGCUGACUCUCAACCCAGAGAAAACAUACCCGAGAUUGAACUUCCGCCGCCGCCGCCGCCCCCAAUAAUCAAAGAAGAAGUUGUAGAGAAUAAGAAAGUUCCUAUUGAAGAAACACCGAAACCGCCGACGCCUCCGGUCGAGGAUGAGCCGCCUCCGACUAAAUUAUCAGAACUGCCCCAGCUUGAUGUCCGCGCGAGCCUCAUGGAAGCGAUUAGAAAAGCUGGGGGCGCAAAGAACCUGAAGUCGGCGAAUACGAAGAAAAACGACGCGGUAAAAAAGCCUGCGAGUGGUGGCGACUUGAUGGCUGAUUUACACGCGAAAUUGUCGAUGCGUAGGAAGGGCAUUUCAGGCACUAAGAAACAAGAGAGCAUGGACGCGAGCUCAGCUUUGGAAAAAAUUUCGGCUAUGAUUCCUCCUCCUGUUGUCAAUGAAGUUAACGAAAAUAACACUGAAGAUGAAGACUGGGAUGAUUAAUUCCUUCAUUAUUAUCUAUUAAAUAUAUAUUUUAUAUUACUGCAUACAAAGUUUAAAUUUGUUUUUUAUUAUAUUCAAUAAAUAUAAUCUUGUUGCUAUUUCA